AAAGAAUAAAAACCACAGAGUGACAGAGACAGUGAAAGGACAUAGGCAUGGCUGAUUUCACCUGGUAUGUACUGUCCUUUACUAGUUUGUGUUUUGUUUUUGUGUUGGUACAAGCUCAAGAUUCUAGAGUCUACAUUUAUAAAGGAGUUGGUGAUUCAGUGACCCUGCAGUGUAACAAUGUGCUUAAAUUCUACCAACAAUGCUCCUCGGUCACAUGGAUCUACCGCAGAAGCAGAUCGUGGACGAUCGAGUUAGUGGCUGGAGGAGGUUUGAGACAAGAUCUCAGUGGAUCCAAAGCCUCAAGACUGAGUUUGCAGCCUGACUGUUUUCUGAAUAUCAGCGAUAUUAACGUUGGAGACACUGGACAAUACGUUUGUAGGCAGUACGAUUCAAUGGGAAACCAACAUGGAGAGGAUGAAACCACUGAUCUCUCUGUUCUCUCUGGGAUCACUCAGGAGGACGUCCUCACGUGUUCUGUGCAUAGUUAUGAAAGAGCAUGUGGGGGUGUCAGUCUGAGAUGGUCAGACCAGGGGACAAGCGACCAGAUGAGUCAGCAGGAGACGCCGGGGCAAUGUGUCGUCGCCCGUCGUCCGAACACACAACCCCUCGACAGCGCAGGGCUCCGCUGCCUUCUGAUGAAAGACGGCGUUGAAAAGACAUCAGUUGACUUUGCCUCAAAGGAUCAGAAAACUCACAGUCAAACUAACAUCACCUCCAGGGCCCCUGGGGGUACGGGCCCCUCUACCUCUAAGGAGCUCCACAUCUACCGGGCUGUAGCAGUGAGCACAGUGCUACUGGUUUUGAUUGUUGCUGUUCUGGUACACAGACACAAGAAGAGCACAGGAAGCAAGCAGAGCCCCCCAAAGUGUGCAGAAGACCCCGACACGAUUGGGUCCCCGGGGCAGGGGGAGCCCACCCAACGCCUGUCCUACGACCAGGGUGAGCCGGACGGGGGGUCUGCUCUACGCCUCCAUUGAACACAGGACUGGUAGUAGGAAGGCCCGGCCCCCCAGUGUGGAGGAGGGGGGCUGUGAGGGGGAUGACACAGUCACCUAUUCCACCGUUUCCAAGCCCCCCACUAACGUCCCUGAGCAUUCAUGAAGGUAAACAGAAUCCAAAGCAGCUAGUGAUGUUUGAGCGUUGUGUUACUGGUGGUCUGUUGAUUGUUUUAGGGCUCACAGGAUAUCAGAGAAAGAAUAAUAACUUCCUGUAGAAGGGUUUUAAGAAAGGUUUUCAAAUAAGUUGCACAUUGCUAAAUAUGAAUAAAAUCGUUUAACCAAUGGAUUAUGGUUGAAAGAUUAAUAAAUUCAAGUUAAAUCAGAAGUGGAAGUUUAAUUGUAGCUGUGAAUAGCUGUGAAUAGAUAAAUCUGUUUGAUGUAAAGAGUGUCAAAGUUAUAUUUCUAGUCAUACAAAUCAUGAACAGAAGCAGGACAUGACGUUAUAGUUCUUGUUUUUGUUGUUGUAAAUGAACAAUCAUCUUCAAGCCUUGCUUUUCAAACUUUUAGUUGGGAUUUCUGUAUGAACUGAACUUUAAAUGACUAACAAAAAAUAGAUAAUUAGAAACUUAACUGAUUCUUGUAAUUUACUAUCGUGGAAAAAUGUAUCCCAAUGAUAAUAUAAAAUGAUAUAUCGUACAAAUGAUAUAACCUUGUUAACAUUGUGACUUAUUUUAAAGGCCUUUACAUGAAUUGCACCUUGAGACAGCUCCCUUUCUCUAUCCAAUUAAAAAGUGUAAAGUUUGUAAGAAUUCGAAUAGCCACUGUAGCCGGCCAUUCGCCUGACUUCUUUGUUGUAUUGAUUUCUUAUUCCUAAAACCUUAAAAUAAUGUACAACCGUUGUUUCAUUAAAUAUGCUAGUAAAUCCC